AUGACUCCAUCUCCGAGUGUUACCGCCAAGAGGCAUACACUCCCUGCAGGACAUGCUAUGAACACUGCGAGGCACCAGACCGAGGCUACCUCGAGCGAAUCUCAUGAGGACUUAGACUCCUCAUCUCACCUUCCCAGCAACCAAACACCACAAGCCUCAGGUUCUGUGGUGCCGCCGAGUGGUCAUACUCCAGCCAGAAGAUUCCAUCCGGAUCACCCUGGCUUUCUACAUGUAGGCCAGCGUCGUUCUGACUGGACAGACGUCUGGCUGUCAACGCCGCCUAGGGGCCCUUCGUUCCAGCAAGUAUUUCGCGACCAUAAACUCGCGCAUGUCUCGGAAGAGGGACUGGAAAUUGACUGGCUCGAUGGAUUCAAUGCCAACAAUUAUCCAGGAACCACUACCGCUGAGCAAAAAGAGGCACGGCGUCUACACCUGAAUGAUAUCCCAUGUGCCAAUCGCGUCAAGACUACACCAAAUCAAUCACGUGCAUCGGCAGAUCCAAAUCCGCUGAGGGAAAGCGCGAAGUCUUCGUAUGAUGGGCACGGGUCGAUGGAUAGAGCGCCAACGAGCUCGCAAGUUCCUAUUCAGACUUUAUUGGUUGUUUCUGCAAACAACCGAUCAGAUUAUGUCUCAAUUUACGUCUGUCUUAAGGCGGGUUGGACUAUCUCAGACCUCUUCGAGUCACUGCUCGACUAUUGCAAAAGUCGAGGUCAGCCAGCCGAAAAUGCGCCUACAAUAGAAGCUAGGCUUCUUUGGAACAAUGAAGCGCAGCUCUUGAGGAAGACAAACCAGAGGAUAUGGUUAUCUUCUGGGAGGCUUUACGAAGAGCUUGGUAACAAAAAAGGAUUACUCCUCCAUGGCUUGCAACCCCUGAAGUCCAAACAAGCAGCCACGAAGAAAGCGUUAUUGGCAGCUCUGCAAUGGGUGGCAGGCUUGACGGUGCCAGAGACCAUCCUAAAGUUCGAAAGAGAUCUAGCAGCUGAACGGCUGCAGAGAAGAAGCAUCAGAAGCAGGAACCGCUUCGAGAGGGGACAAAAGCGUAAGAAAGAACGAAGCGCCAGAGGGACGGAUGAGGACGACUUGCUAGCCGACGUCCAAGCUCAUUACCAAAGAGGAAUCCAAGUCGAUCAAGGUACGACUCCCGGGGUAUCGUUGCUCGGUAGAGUACUCGUACCUAGAGAAAUCUCCAUGCUCAUAACGUCCCCGCCACAGGUUUCAAAGCGCCUAGACAUCAGCGAUCUAUCAGGGGCCUUCCACAUCGCCGCGACGGACGUCUCGAACGACAGACUGGGAUUGCUUAACGCCCAAAUUCGCCUUCUUUUCGACAUCAAAGCACGUCUGGGGCGCCUUUGA